AUGACGCUCCCCGACCACCCUAUCGACACCCCGCCACGCGCGCCGUCACCAGUCCACGGAUUCGGCACGCUCGCCGUGCAUGCCGGAAGCCCUCAUGACCCCGUCACCGGAGCUGUCAUCGAAGCCAUUUCUCUGUCGACAACAUUCGCGCAAACCGCCGUUGGAAAGCCCAUAGGCGAGUAUGAGUACUCGCGCUCCUCGAACCCAAACCGAGACAACUUUGAAAAGGCGGUCGCAGCCCUUGAACACGCCCGCUAUGCGCUCGCAUUCUCGUCCGGUUCCGCCACCACAGCCAACAUCCUGCAAUCGCUCGCCGCAGGCUCACACGUCGUGUCCGUCUCAGAUGUCUACGGCGGAACGCACCGCUACUUCACCAAGGUAGCCCUCACACACGAUGUCAAAGUCACCUUCAGCCCGAGCAUCGAGAUCGACAUCGCCGAGCUUAUCCGCCCCAACACAAAGCUCAUCUGGAUUGAGUCGCCGUCGAACCCUACGCUGACACUGGUGGACAUCCGCAAGAUCUCCACGAUUGCGCAUCAACAUGGCAUCAUGGUGGUUGUCGACAACACCUUCAUGAGCCCGUAUGUCCAGAACCCGCUGGACCACGGCGCGGAUAUCGUGGUGCACUCCGUCACAAAGUACAUCAACGGCCACUCUGACGUCGUCAUGGGCGCUGCGGCCUUCAACUCCGAUGAGCUAUACGAGCGUCUGUCUUUCCUCCAGAACGCCAUUGGUGCCGUUCCCUCGGCCUUCGACUGCUGGCUCGCACACCGCGGUCUCAAGACGCUGCAUCUCCGCGCCAGGGAAGCGACCAAGAACGCUACGGGCGUCGCGAAGGCUCUCGAGGCCUCGUCACACGUCGUUUCCGUCAACUACCCCGGUCUCCCCUCCCACCCACAACACCAUAUUGCGCUGAAGCAGCACCGUGACGGAAUGGGUGGCGGCAUGCUUUCCUUCCGUAUUCAGGGCGGUCACGCAGCUGCAGAGCGCUUCUGUCAAGCGACCAAGAUCUUCACACUGGCUGAGUCGCUGGGUGGAGUCGAGUCGCUCGUCGAGGUACCCAGCGCCAUGACGCACGGCGGUAUCCCCAAGGAGCAGCGCGAGGCGGCGGGUGUCUUCGACGAUCUCGUCCGCAUCAGCUGUGGUGUUGAGGAUGAGGCGGAUCUUGUUGCUGAUGUCAAACGUGCGCUUGAGGAGGCGGUUGUUGGUCCUAAGAUCACGAACGGAAAGGCUUCCAACAACGCUGCGCCGGCUGCUCAGUAG